AUGCUCGUCCUCGUUCCCGGAGUCACCGGCAAUCUCGGUCUACGCUUGGUCGACAGCCUCGUCUCUCGUGGCCAUCAAGUCCGUGGUCUUGGCAGAUCUCCAUCGAAGCUCACCGACGAGCAACUUUCCAAGCUAGAAAGCUUUGUCGAGAUCAAAAACUAUUAUGACGUUGAAGCCUUGGAUAAAGGCUGUGCCGGAGCUGAUGCGAUUAUAUGCGCAUACACUGGCACUCCUGUAAUGCAGCUGGACGCUCAAUUGCUCCUCCUGCGGGCCGCCGAGCGUGCCGGUAUCACUCGUUUCCUCGCUGCCAGCUGGAAUGUCGACUGGAGGGAGCUUGGGCUUGGAAUGCACCAAAGCUAUGACGCCAUGAUCGCUUUUUAUCAGCAGGCCAAGGUGUCUUCAAACAUCAAACCCAUCUUUAUUCUCACCGGAGCUUUGGCUGAAGUCUACUUCUCUGUUCCCGGCCACGGACAUUUCUCUCCUGCGUACAACGGACCUUGGGACCCAGAAAACCACAGUAUUGACAUUUGGAGCACCGGCGAUGAGAAGUGGGACUUGACCACGGAGAGAGACGCUGCCGAAUUCUCAGCUGAGGUCAUCCAACACGAUGAUGCCCCUAAAGGCGGCUUCUGGGAGCUGCAUUCCGGUGCCUACUCGCCCAAGGAGCUCGCGAGAAUCUACAAGGAGGUCAGAGGCAUUGAGAUUUCUCACAACUACCGAGGCACGCUAGACGAGCUGAGGGAGCUUGCCUUUUCAAUGAGGAGCCAGAAACCAUACAACGACUUUUAUAGCUUCAUUGGCCUCUUCUAUCAGCUCUAUCAACUGGACGGAACUGUUGCCCUCAAGAAGCUUGACAAUCAUAAGUUGAAUGUCAAGACUACCUCGAUGGAGGAGUUUCUCCACCAAAACCCCCAGAUUUAG